CCGAGUCUUCCCAAGUCUCCUGUCUACUCUAGGCUCCUGGCUUCUCUUCUGAGUUUUCCCUAGCCUCCUGGCUUCUCAUGUUUUUUCCAGAGUCUUCCCUAGUCUCCUGUUUUUUUCCAAAGCCUCUGGUCUUCUUGAGUCCCUAGUUACCUCAUCUUGAGUUUCUUUAACCUGUUUAGUCAUUUCUAAUUUGUAUUUGUCUGGUUUAUUUUGUAUUGAUAAACCCACUCUUCGGUUUAUAUUUUUGGGUCGCUUUUCUUGAGCUGUUUUGGACUUAUUGUUUUCAGUAAUUAAUCAUGCCAUUGCACAUCUCGAGUGUGUCUCUGUAGUUGGGUUUCAAUGCCUCCCUGUGGCAGACUGCUAGUGUUUGCCACUCGCUCUAGAGACCCUGGUUCAAGACCUGCUCUCAUGCCUGACACAGCUACUGUUAACAGACAUAGAAGCAGUAAACAGAGUUCCAGAAUGUGCUGUUCCCACUGCGAAGCAUAGUGUUGCUUUGCUGGUGACAUGUUGGACCAUCAUUUGUUUUCCAACAGGACAUUGACCCCAAAGAGGUUAUGUUCUGUAAGAGCUAUUUAUUUAAGAAGGAGAGUAAUGAAGUACUGCAUCAGAUGACCUGGCCUUGGGAUGAUUUGGACUGGAGAGUGAAGAAAUGCAGCCAAUGACCACUCAACAGAUAAACCAGAUGCAGAUUUCCUCAGCAGAUCAUUUCUUCUUUGUCUCUCAUCUAAUACACAAUGGCUCGUUUUCAACCUACGUUAGUGCUCCUCUGCACCAUGGGUUUGUUCUCAGAGACUUUGUGCUCUUUCAUGUUGGAAGCAGAAGUUGGAGAAAGUGUCACUAUUUGGUGCCAACAUGGCCAAACUGUAACAACUUUCAUCCUCUGGUUCAAACACACCACUGAUUCAGUUCCACUUCUUGUAGGGUGUAAAAAGUUUAGAACAUUAACUCCAUCUGAAAACUGUUACUUCUAUAAAGACACCGAGCGCCUGGUGAUGUCUGUUCAGCCCGAGACCACGUCUCUCACCAUCACUGCACUGAACGUCUCUGAUACAGGACUGUAUUACUGCAGCUCCAUGGCAAUGAGCAAACUGUCCUUCAGAAACUCGACCUAUUUACACGUCAAAGGAGUAAAUAAAACUCAAGUUACUGAGAACAAAGUAGCAGGUUACAGCUGUUCCUCUGUGAUCUUCAUGCUGAACACGGUGUUUGGUUCAGUCGUUGGGAUUCUUCUCGGUGUCCUGAUUUUCAUCCUGCUGAAGCACAGAAACACACAUGGAGGUGUUGAAGCAGAAAAUAAGGUUGGUGACUCUGAUAUGAUGCAUUACUCUGCACUGCAGUUCUCUACAAAGAAAACAAUAAGAACCAAGAAGCACAAUGAAAAAACGGAAACACAUGUUGUAUAUUAUUUAGUCGCACAGAAAACCGAUCAUCAGUUCUUUACUUAAUGAUACAGCAAGUGUUUCUGAUGC